AUGGACAAAUUCUUGGAUCGUUUUCACUCCCACACCCCGGUUUCCGAUAAAAUCGAAAGGCUUGGAGAAGGGAUCAAAAAACUCUUCAAUCCGAAUUCUCGACAUGAUGAUCCAGAGGAGAAAAUCCACGAUGAGAAACUUGAAGCGAUUAGAGCCCGGCAUCGCUUUCAGAGCUUCGCAAAAGAGAGAGAUGGUAAUCACGUCAAAUGGUACGUCGACGCCCACGAUUACUUCUAUGCGGCAUCUGAGCUGUUGGAAUCAGCGCGAUCUUGCAUCUUUAUCCAAGAUUGGUGGUUGAGUCCGGAGCUUUACUUACGUCGUCCACCUAGCCAGAAUGAGCUAUGGAGAUUAGAUCGCAUUUUGAAGCGCAAAGCCGAGGCCGGUGUCAAGAUUUUCAUUAUUGUCUACAAAGAGGUGAACGUCAGUAAUACAAUGAAUUCUGAGCAUACUAAGCAUGCAUUGGAAGCUUUGCAUCCAAAUAUAGCCUGUAUGAGGCACCCUGAUCAUUUUGAUGGGGAAGAGACCGUAUUAUUUUGGUCCCAUCAUCAAAAAGUCAUAGUCGUGGAUGACAAUACGGCAUGCAUAGGGGGUCUGGACUUGUGCUUUGGUCGUUGGGAUACCCCUUCGCACUCUUUGGCCGAUUGCCAUGCUUCGGAUUUGACCCAGACAGUUUGGCCGGGCCAAGACUACAAUAACGCGCGAGUUCAAGACUUCCAAGAGGUGGAGAAUUGGGCUAGUAAUCAGCAAAGUAGACUUGAAGUCCCGAGGAUGCCUUGGCACGAUGUGCAUAUGAUGAUUCAAGGUCCCACUGUUUUCGAUAUCUGUCAGCACUUUGUGGAACGAUGGAACUUCAUCUACAACUUGAAAUACGUGAAAAAGCGUGGCACCAAUGGUCGAUACGAGCUACUCGCUUUUCCCCAGAUUCCUGGUCAGGGUAUGCCUGAUGAUCCGUCACAUCCAGAUCAUGAACCCGCGACUCAACACCCUCAUUACGAGCAAUGGGCCCAAGCUGGCCGCAGGUUUUUUGGCAUGGAGGAAAAUGUCAGGACGAGUACGAAUUUACCAACAGUCGAUUUGGGCCCCAAGGGAAACAUGAAGGUUCAAGUCGUGAGAAGUUGUGGAGAUUGGAGUAACGGAACGAUUACUGAGCAUUCCAUUCAAAAUGCUUACAUCCAGCUUAUUGAACAAGCCCAAAGGUUUAUAUACAUCGAAAAUCAAUUCUUUAUUACAACUUGUGGGACUGCCAAAGACAGUCAAAUUCGCAAUACCAUUGGUUUGGCUUUGGCUAACCGUAUCAUUCAAGCCGCUCAAGCAAAUCAACCCUUCAAAGUAGUCGUCGCAAUCCCAUGUAUCCCUGGGUUCUCGGGCAAUUUGGACAACCCAGAAGAAUCUGGCGGGACGAUGGCAAUAAUGGAUUGGACUUACAAGUCGAUUUGUCGUGGCCCAGAUUCGAUCUUUAGUCAUGUCCAAUCGAAGGGAGUAGAUCCUCGAAAAUACAUCUCGUUUUACAAUCUCAGGAGCUUCGAUCGGAUAGACUACGAUCCCGCAACUUUGAAGGAGAUCGAAAAAUCGGCCGGUAUUAGCUACUACGAAGCCGAGGCUGCGUUAGCCAGGGUUUACCUUGGUGAAUCCGCUAGCUCUCAAGAGUUGGAGAAGAACAAAGAGGUCAAGUUUAAGCUCGCACAAAAAGGAGAAAGCAUGGAAGCUGGCACACGUGAUAUGAUGGCCCGGGACGGUGAAACGAUCACAGUUCAAUUGCCCAAGAACGUAGAGGAAGCACGCCAGAGUUUGAAGAGCUGGUCGGAGGCUGCAUCUCGCUUCAACGGAGGAGCUCCCGCGUCAAUCGCCACGCGAGAUAAUUCGAAUGGAUUAGAAAAUCUACCAUGGCUAGGUUGCGAGCAAUCUGAGCGGGACGCAUUCGUGACUGAAGAGUUAUAUAUUCACACGAAGUGCAUGAUUGUCGAUGACCAAAAGGUCAUCAUGGGGUCUGCUAACAUCAAUGAUCGAAGCAUGGUGGGCGAUCGGGACAGUGAAAUCGCGUUGGUGGUCGAAGAUCAGGAUAUGAUUGAUAGUACUAUGGCCGGCGAGAACUGGCAAGCAGGUCGUUUCGCAGCCACGUUACGAAGAAGAUUAUACAAGGAGCAUCUUGGUUUGCUCCCACCCCAAUCGAAUUCACACCAGCCUAACGAGCCGACGAGGUCUAUGCUGCCUGUCAACGUGCCGCAAGAAGAUGAAAUGGGUAGUCGCGAAGAUCAACUAGUGACCGACCCGAUGGGAAGUGAACUGGAAGAGAUGUGGAACGGAAGAGCCAGUGUGAAUACUCAGGCGUUCAACAAAGUGUUCCGUUGUGUUCCUGCGGCCGGUAUCUUGAACUGGAAAGAUUAUGCGGAAUACGUACCAAGUGGUCCCAAUGCGCCCAAGGUAUGCCAUGUCGCACCAACUGCUGGGGAUGUGCAUGAAGUCAAGCGUGAAUUGAGUCGAAUUCAGGGUCAUUUGGUUGAAAUGCCAUUAGACUUCUUGGAGCAAGACAAGAUGUACCGAGAGGGAAAAGCAGUCAACCUUGUGACAAUGAGCAUUUACACUUGA